ACCUUGAAGAUGGGCCGACGAAAGGUGAGAUUGCGGAGUUGCUCGCAUCGCAAGAGCCGCCGAUAUUUCAUUUUGCGCGAAAAGGAGUGCGAUCCGCUUGAGAAGGGCUGUAGGAUCACCCACAACGGCACGCAGAUCACGUGUGUCAAGUGCAGGGUGCGCGACCAGGCGCUGCGGAGGAUCUUCGGCGGGUGGCCGAUUGCGGAGUUCGACGAGCUCAGCACAGAGGAGCAGGAUGAGUUCUACAGGGAAUGCGGCCCCACCGCUGUCGCCUGCCGCGACGCAGUGAAGCACAUGCUCAUGCAGGUGCGCAUGAAGCGCAUCGCGGAAACCCACAGUGGGCAAUGCUUGCCCCUGUCCGUGCACGAGAAGCUGGGCUACAAUACGGGUGACAUCGGACAGAAAACACCAGCGGCAGACGUCGAGGAGCACCCCGUUCCCGGGAAGGCGCACCGAUUUGCGAUCCACUCGAUCUCUGAGGCCAGGAUCAAGGAGGUCAUCUUGCAGGAGGUGGCAAAGACAGUGGGCCAACGUCGCAAGCGCAAAGCGGCAGCCUUCCUCGAGGGGGCCUCAAAACCUGAGGAGGGCGCAGAAGCUGCAGGCAACGGGCCGCCCGAGCAGAAGCCAGAGAAGAAGCGCGGCUCAAAGAAGCGCAAGAGCAGCAGCAGCAGCAGCAGCAGCAGCAGCUCCAGCGAUUCGAGCUCCGACAAGAAGAAAAAGAAGAAGGGCAAACAGUCCAAGAAGGGCAAGCGGCCCAAGAACAGCAAAACGUCCAAGAAGGGCAAGAAGUCGACGAAGGAGGCUGAGGAGUUAUCGGGGUCGGACGCGGGCCUCUCGCCAAAGGAGCUGGCAGCCGAGCGCAGGGCCAAGGUCGCAGCUGAGAAAAAGGCGGCCCGCGAAGCCGAGAUGCAGCAUAAUCUGCUUGACAGAGAGCUGGCCAAGGAGCGGGCAGCCCAGAAGAGGGAGGAGCAGAGGAAGCGCACCGAGGGCCUGCAGGUCGUUCACACGGUGCUGGCGGCGGCGAAGCCGCCGGUGAAGAAGACGGCAACGCAGCUGGCAGAUGAUCGCUUGAAGAAGACGCACACCGCAAUGUCCAACAAGAAGCAGGAGUUCCUAAACGAAAUUGCGAAGCACCGCAAUAUCUGCCUGGAGGACGAGAAUAUCGCCCCACAGAUCAAGGAGGACGAGGUUAAGACGGCCGUCAGCUACAUGACGACGUGGAUGAAGACCACGACCGCU